AUGCUCUUCUCCGAUCGCGCCGAUGCGGGGCGGCGACUAGGCGGCGCGCUGGCGGCGCGCGAUCCGCCGGUUCGCGACCCUUUGGUCAUCGCGCUGCCUCGUGGCGGCGUGCCCGUCGGCGACGCGGUCGCGCGGAUACUCGGCGCACAGCUGGAGGUCCUUGUUGUGCGAAAAAUCGGGGCCCCUAUCCACCCUGAAUACGCGAUCGGCGCUCUGGCCGAGGGCGGCACCAUCUGUUUGGAUGAGGACGCGGCGGCCAUGGUGGGUGCCACUAGGCAAGAGGUGGAUGAGGUGGUGCGGCGAGAGACCCGGGAGCUCGAGAGGAGGGUGGAGGCGUACCGCCGGGGCCGCCCCCUGCCGCCGCUGCUCGACAGGACCAUCGUGCUGCCACCAACCGCCCCCAACCGCCGCCAACCACCACCAACCGCCGCCAACUGCCACCAACCGCCACCAACCGGCGCCAACCGCCACCAACCGCCGCCAACCGCCGUCAACCGCCAGGUCGUCGACGACGGCCUUGCCACCGGCCUCACCGCCGAGGCCGCCUGCCGCGCGCUGCGCGCCGCCGGCGCCGCGCACCUCCUGCUCGCCGCGCCGGUGGCGAGCCCGUCCACCGUGCGGCGGCUGCAGGGGGACGGCGCGAUUGUGGAUGAGGUGGUGGUGCUGGCGCAGCCGCCCUCAUUCCGGGCGGUCGGGCAGUUCUACCUGGACUUCUCCCAGACCACGGACUCCGAGGUUCUCGCGAUCCUGGAGGACCACCGCCGCCGCCCCCCCACCGCGCCCCCGCCGCCGCCGCCGCCAGCAGCACCAGCGCCCCACGGCCCCGCCCCCGCGCCCGGCGGGGCCGCCGGCCCCGGCCGGCAUGCAGCGGCGCCGCCGGAGCCCGAUAAGCGGCGACAGGUGGCGCCGGCGGAGGGCCCUGAAGUGGAGCUUUUGAGUGGUGCAUCUGGGCCGGCCUCGGGGGAUGACGUCAUGCGGGGCUUGCUGCCCGAGCCGGGCCCCGAGCCUGACUAUCGGUCGCCGGCGGGCGCCGCAGCUGCGCCCGCCGCCGCCGGGCGGCGGAAGCCGGCCGUCGCAGCGGCUGGCGACGACCGCGGCACGGCUGCCAAACACGCGGCCGCCGCCGCCGCCGCACAAGCCGCCGGCGCGCCUGCGGGUGCCACGCCAGCCGCUGCUCAGCACCAGCGGCGGCCGCCGGUGGUUGAGAGGGAGGUCCUUGUCAGCAUCCCGCCGGGCGGCGACGCCGCGGCGGCCGUGUCACUGCCAGGCACGCUGGCGGUGCCGGCGGGCUCGGCCGGCGCUGUGCUGUUCGCGCAUGGCAGCGGCAGCGGCCGGCUGAGCCCGCGCAACCGACAGGUUGCUUCUGCUCUGAACGAGGCGGGCGUCGCUACGCUGCUGUUUGACCUUUUGACAGAGAACGAGUCAUCCAACCGCCGCAACGUCUUUGACAUCCCCCUGCUGGCGGGCCGCCUUGAGGGGGCGCUGGGGUGGCUGAGGGCCGAGGGCGCCUCACUGGGGCUCGACCCUGCCCUGCCGGUCGGCUUCUUCGGCGCAUCCACCGGCGGCGGCGCCGCGCUGUGGGCCGCCGCGGACCUCGGCCCCGCCGUCGCCGCCGUCGUGUCACGCGGCGGCCGGCCGGACCUCGCCGCCGGCCGCCUGCCGCGGGUGACGGCGCCGACGCUGCUGCUGGUGGGGGGGCGCGACAGGGAUGUGCGUGCGCUCAACGAGGACGCGGCCCGCGCCAUGACAGGUUGCCCAGAGGUCGAAGUGGAUGUCAUCCCGGGAGCCACGCACCUGUUUCCAGAGCCUGGGACACUGGAGGCCGUCGCGUCCAAGGCGGCCGCCUGGUUUGCGCAGCACUUUGCCGCCUGCCGCCGCUCGCCGGGCGCGUAG